AUGGCCCAGCCCGUGCCUCGGCUGUCUAUACCCGCCGCGCUGGCCCUGGGCUCGGCCGCGCUGGGCGCCGCCUUCGCUACUGGUCUCUUGCUGGGGAAACGGUGGUCUCCGUGGGGAUCCAGGAGGCAACAGCGCCUGCUGCCACCUGAGGACAAUCCCCUGUGGCAGUAUCUGCUGAGCCGCUCCAUGAGGGAGCACCCAGCGCUGCGGAGCCUGCGACUGCUGACCCUGGAGCAGCCGCAGGGGGAUUCCAUGAUGACCUGUGAACAGGCCCAGCUUCUGGCCAACCUGGCGCGGCUCAUCAAGGCCAAGAAAGCUCUGGAUCUGGGUACUUUCACGGGCUACUCGGCCGUGGCCCUAGCCUUGGCGCUUCCCGAGGCUGGCCGUGUGGUGACGUGCGAGGUUGAUGCAGAGCCCCCGAAGCUGGGACGGCCCCUGUGGAAGCAGGCAGAAGUGGAGCAGAAGAUCGACCUUCGGCUGCAGCCCGCCCUGCAGACAUUGGAUGAGCUCCUGGCGGCGGGCGAGGCUGGAACCUUUGACAUAGCGGUGGUGGACGCGGACAAGGAGAACUGUGCCGCUUACUACGAGCGCUGUCUGCAGCUCCUGCGCCCUGGCGGCGUGCUCGCUGUGCUCAGAGUCCUGUGGGGCGGAGAGGUGCUGCAGUCUCAACCCCGGAGCAAGACAGUUGAAUGUGUGCGGAACCUAAACGAGCGCAUCCUGAGGGACGCCAGGGUCUACAUCAGCCUCCUGCCCCUGGAUGACGGGCUCUCCUUGGCCUUUAAGAUCUAGGGUUAACACGAAGCUUAGGGCUUCGGUGUGAGAACCUAAGAACCCCAGAUUCUGACAAUAAAAGUAAUGGAACAGGCGA